CACGUCAAAACUUAAUGACUAUUCACAGUUGUUUAUCCGUAUGAUUAGGGGUGGUUAGGCUAUUGUCUAAUAAUACUCGGAAUGAGUACGCAUAUUAUAAGCAACAGUUGGGUUACUUUUUCGAUUAGGAAUGAAAAUGUAUAUUAAAAACCCUUUCGGUUUCGUUUGGAUUCGGAAAUAUAUUUCCUUGACGCGUCAGAGCGAAGUCAAGCUGUAUUUUCGCUUUCAAAUUUUAUUAAGAUACAGUACAUUCUUAUAUUUGAUUUAAUCAUUAUGGCACUUUUCGACGUAAGUGGUUAUAAAUCGCACGCGGGACUUCGUGGGCAGAUUCUUGGAACAGGAGUAGGGCAUCUUGUUGACCGACCGAAUCAAGAAUUUGCUGUCCCAGUUGGAGUGGAUCCUUCAGGGUUCCUGAAGUCAUGCAGCCGUGAAGGUGCUGUGUCCAUUGAUCUGAACCACGGAACAACUACACUGGCUUUCAAAUUUCGCCAUGGCGUCAUUGUGGCUGUGGACUCCAGGGCCUCAGCUGGCAGCUACAUUGCGUCGAAGGAGGCUAACAAGGUGAUAGAGAUCAACCCUUACCUGCUGGGGACCAUGUCUGGUAGUGCUGCUGACUGCCAGUACUGGGAGAGACUGCUGGCUAAGGAGUGCAGGCUGUACAAACUGAGGAACAAGCAGAGGAUCUCAGUGUCUGCAGCCUCCAAGCUGCUGUGUAACAUGAUGCUGGGAUACAGAGGCAUGGGCCUCUCCAUGGGCAGCAUGAUCGUUGGCUGGGACAACAAGGGCCCUGGUUUGUACUACGUGGAUGACAACGCCACACGUCUCUCUGGUCGUAUGUUCUCUACUGGUUGUGGUAGCAGCUAUGCGUACGGAGUGAUGGACAGCGGCUACCGCGAGGACAUGACGGUAGAGGAGGCGUACGAGCUGGGCCGCCGUGGCAUCACCCACGCCACGCACAGAGACGCCUACUCUGGAGGAGUGGUCAACCUGUACCACAUGCAGGAGGACGGCUGGAUAAAGGUGUGUAAGGAGGACGUAUCCGAACUGAUCCACCGCUAUAGGAAGGGCAUGUUCUGAUCCCAGAUCAGUUUCUACACCCACACAGACACACUGUGUUCUCUAUCAACUGAUCCCAGCACUGCUCCAAAUAAAGACCGUUUUCAAACUGCAUCCUCUGGAUUGUUUAACCUAAAGGUCUUACAUGCAGUCACAACUUGCUGCAACUGUUACCAUUCCUAUUCAAAUGUACAGUAUGAUAAUCUACCAGUUAUGUACCAGUCCUAUUCAAAUGUACAGUAUGAUAAUCUACCAGUUAUGUACCAGUCCCAGUCAUUGGAAAAUGUUUGUAGGAUUGUUUAAUAGUAUACUACAAACCUUGAUUUGAAUUUUCUCUGUAAAGUCUGUUGAGACUUGUGAAAUACACUUGACAACUUUGUGA